UUAUAGCACAUAUUCCAACCCAGUAAGAGGUCAUCCCUCUUCUUUUGUUCUCUUCUCUAUCUGAAGCCAUAUACUCCAUUUCAUUUUCAUCUGAUCUUCAGGAUCUCUUUUCCCCCACAUUUGUCGUGAGUAAUAUGGCUGCUGAAGUUGUGGCCUCAGCUGUUUGCAAAGCUAUUAAGCCCGUGACUUUGCAAAGCAGGGCUUUUGUGACAUUCCUGGCUGGUAAUGGUGAUUAUGUCAAAGGUGUUGUUGGGCUGGCCAAUGGUUUGAGGAAGGUCAAGACAGCCUAUCCUUUGGUGGUGGCUGUAUUGCCGGACGUACCAGCUGAGCACCGCCGUAUACUAGAGUCCCAAGGGUGCAUCGUCAGAGAGAUAGAACCGGUUUAUCCUCCAGAGAAUCAAACCCAGUUCGCCAUGGCCUAUUAUGUCAUUAAUUACUCCAAGCUUCGUAUAUGGGAGUUUGUGGAGUACAGUAAGAUGAUAUAUUUAGAUGGAGAUAUCCAAGUGUACAGUAACAUAGAUCAUCUGUUUGAUUUGCCCGAUGGUCAUUUCUAUGCGGUAAUGGAUUGUUUUUGUGAGAAAACAUGGAGUCACACGCCACAGUACAAAAUUGGUUACUGUCAACAGUGCCCGGACAAGGUCAAGUGGCCGAUGGAGACGGGUCAGCCACCAUCACUUUACUUCAACGCCGGCAUGUUCGUCUUUGAGCCUAGCCUAUCCACAUAUGCUGAGCUUUUGAGUACCCUCAAAAUUACUACUCCCACUUCUUUUGCCGAACAGGACUUUUUGAACAUGUACUUCAGGGAUAUAUAUAAGCCUAUCCCUCUUGAUUAUAACCUUGUUCUUGCAAUGUUGUGGCGCCAUCCAGAGAACGUGGAGCUUGACAAAGUGAAAGUUGUUCACUAUUGUGCAGCGGGCUCAAAGCCGUGGAGAUAUACGGGUAAAGAAGAGAACAUGCAGAGGGAGGACAUAAAGAUGCUGGUACAGAAAUGGUGGGACAUUUACGAAGAUGAGUCAUUGGAUUACAACAUGGACAUGGGUGUGGCAGCCAAUGCAGGCGUCGCCGAGCCUGUGAUAUUGCAGCCCUUGAUAGCUGCAGCUAUGUCAGAGGCUGGUGCGGUGCAGUACGUGGCCGCACCAUCAGCUGCUUAAUAUUAGUUCAAAAGUUUGAUUCAUUAGUCUACCGUGGAAAAGUAGCUUGCAAGGGAGGCGUACCACCAUAAGUCUUUGCCGUGGUUGCAAAGGCAUCAGUGUGGGCCAGUGGGUGGGUGGUUUGAAUGUGAAUGAAAUGCAAUAGUGUGUUUUCAAUCUAAAUGCCAUUUCCAUUGUAAUCACAAGUGUUGGGAAUGAUAUGCAUAUUCUGGGUUUUUCUGGUAUCUCUGAAAUGCAAAGACAACGAGACCGGUGCACAUGUCCUCGAACAAUACAAAUGGAUCUAGGGGCCAGUAUUACCGGAAAUGGUCGGAAAAUCUCUUGUAAUUUUUAUUUCAUAAUUUCUAUUAGUGUCUCGAAACUUCUGC